UGAAUAUUGAUCCUAACAUCUCUCUCUCUCUCUCUCAAACACGCAUGCAAAGUUGCAAACAACUACUACUAUAAAGACCCCAGCCAUCCUCAUACAUUUCACCACCAUUUUUUGGUUAUUCCUACUAUCCUAGCUAGAUAGACCACCGUCACUACAACCAAACAAAAUAACCAGUAAAUUAACAAUGAAUUAUCACUCAAUGGUUUUGGGUUGUCUUUUGGUAAUUAGCUGUUUGGUGGUGGCAGCGUCUGCUGGUAACUUCAACCAAGAUUUCAAAACAACAUUUGGUGGUGGACGUGCAAACAUACAAGACAGCGGGAAUCUUCUCACUCUUUCCCUUGAUCGGGCAUCUGGUUCGGGAUUUCAAUCAGUGAAUCAAUACAUGUACGGAAAGUUUGACAUUCAGAUGAAGCUCGUCCCUGGUAAUUCUGCUGGCACGGUCACCACGUAUUAUCUGUCAUCAGUAGGGUCAGGUCAUGACGAGAUCGACUUGGAAUUUCUUGGUAAUCUAAGUGGAGACCCUUAUGUCCUCCACACAAAUGUUUUCGCACAAGGAAAAGGUGAUAGAGAGCAACAAUUUUAUCUUUGGUUUGACCCCACAAAGGACUUCCACACCUACUCCAUGCUUUGGAAUCCCCAAACCAUCAUCAUCUCAGUGGAUGGAACUCCCAUAAGACAAUUCAAGAAUAUGGCAUCAAAUGGGGUCGCAUUCCCAAAUGGGCAGCCCAUGUGGAUAUACUCAAGCCUGUGGGACGCUGAAGAUUGGGCUACAAGGGGUGGCCUAGUGAAGACCGAUUGGAGUCAAGCCCCAUUCACAGCCACCUACCGCAACUACACUGCCCAAGCCUGCAUUUGGUCUUCCACUUCUUCUUCUUCUUCUUGCACUACAUCCAGCUCCAGUGCCAAUUCCUGGAUGUCUGAAUCUUUGGAUAACACUGGCCAAGCAAGGAUUAAAUGGGUCCAAAACAACUACAUGAUUUACAACUAUUGCACUGAUGCUAAGCGAUUUCCUCAAGGUUUUCCACCCGAGUGCUAGCCCCGGCCACCCGAUCAUCCAUGCCAUCAUUUGCAUCAAAUUAAAUUAAAGACAUGCAACAUAAGAUCUCUAUAUAUAUUUGAGAUAGCAAGGAGCGAUCAGCUGGUUGGUUACUUCAUCAAGGAUUUACUUUCUUUUUAUUUUUGUUUGUAUAAAAUGCAUGCAUGCAUGCUACGUAUUUGGUCUUAAUUUACAGUCAUUAAUGAUUUAUUUUGUACGGAGAUCGAUCUAGUCUAGUGAAUAUUGUACAAUAAGGAUAAAGUUCCAUUAAGCA